ACGGGGGGGGCAUCCAGCAUGAACCUGCCGGACGGUGCCGAGUGUCAUUCUCAGUCCUGUUUAAGCUACUGAUGGUAUAACUUUGCUCAAAAUUGUAGUUUAUAUACAAAUAUGAAAUAUUGACCGUAACUGGGUUCCGAGUUUGAUGAUUCCAAAUAGGAGCAAGAGACCGUAGGAAUAUUUAAUGGAUCUGUUUUUAUUUACAAGUCGUAUCAGUCAUUGGCCACUGGCUGUUCUUAAUAUCAACAACUGUAACAACACAGAUGAGUAAGUGUAUUGGUCCUCUGGUACAUCUUUUACACUCCUUACUUAGUAAUUUGUCUACAAUUACUUAGUAUUUGUCACUUUACUUUCUCUCCGGGUGAAACCGGAGGGAAACUAAAGUAUCCAGUUUCUAAUGGGAUGUGGAGGUAUUUAAAAGCACAGCAUAAAGCGCCACACAGCAAAUAAUCACCACCUGAUAUGACUACUGAAAGGGAUUUAUGUUUCACCACAAUAUAUGACCCUGCAAAACUGUAAAAUGAUUUCUAAAAUACAACGACGAUGAUGACGAUUACUUCCACGUCCCUAACUUCCCUUCUCUUUAAUAUGCUCUGGAAACCUCAGGGUUCACAGGAUAAUAUUAAAAUAUAUUUUGGAAAAUCAGACUUGUUAAAACACACUGAAUGUUAAAACUUUCUUCUCCAAUCUUUUCCAAUUUGGAAUGGUCUGCAGAAACUCAGUGCUCACUGGCAUGUAAAAUAAUUGCCUUGGAAGUCUUUAAAAACUCAAAAACGAGACAAAGUUUUACAUUGGAAUCAGAGCCUCAUUUUUAUUUUCAUCAGCAAACUAUCCCUUGUUUUUGUGGUCUAAAAAAAGCCACUAAGUAAAAAUAUUAAGAAGUCUGAUUUUGGCACCUUUUUUCAGAAUACCAACAUAAUUCAUUUAAAGAUUCACCACAAAAACACAGGGAUAAAAUAGGCUCUCUCCAAACCAGAGUUCCUUUUGAAGUCUGCUUGGUUGGUGUUGGGUGCAGUAGCUGAGCUGAGACAGGCUAUCAGCAAGGAUUGGUGGGCUACUCUGCCCCCUGCUGGUCAAAUAUGAACCUGCAUGCUCACACUGGAGCUUUCAGACCACAGAAAAUCAGUGAGGACUUUAAAAGUGAUUGGACAAGUAACUGUCAGUGACCUAAAAGCUCAGAAAAAAUUAAUUAACUGAAGACAAACUCUGCAAUCACACCAAAUAUGCAUGCCAUAAGUCCUCUUGUCCUCCUGGGGCAAUUAGUGGUUCUGAUAGCCCAGUCUGAAGAGAUACAUAGAACUCCCUGCAACUCCUUCCCUUGAUGAAUAGAGUGUAUCCACUCUAGACAGAACCAUAGCUUCUUAAUAAUGAUAACUGCCGUCUUGCUGAGCAAUGCAAAACAAGGGAAUAAAAACACAUCGCAUUUAGCAAAAAGGAGGACAAGAAGGAAACAAUAAAAGGAGAGAAAAAAGAUGGAGAUAAAAAGGAGGAGAAGAAAGAUGAAAAGAAGGAAGAGAAAAAGGAUGAGAAGAAAGACGAGAAAAAAAAGGAGGAGCCGCCGUGAGUAUCUGAUGGGUUACUUACUGGGGAGUAGAGGAGCCGGUUCAGUAGAGCAGUGCAGAACUCUUUAAACAUCCCAUAAAUGAAUCAAAAAGGCUGACUGGAAGGGAGCCCAUUCUGAUGGACACUCGACUGAACCGGAGAGCAAAGAAAGAGGUAUGGAUCAUGGACCCAGCGACAGACUUGUACUACAGCUGGCUCACCAUCAUCGCGGUUCCCGUCAUGUACAACCUGAUGAUGCUGAUAACCAGGGCCUGUUUCAACGAACUCCAGGAGAGUUUCACUACACUAUGGAUUGUUGUAGAUUACUCCUCAGAUUUCAUGUACCUCGCUGACACGUUUGUCAGGUCAAGAACAGGUUUCCUGGAACAGGGAUUACUUAUAAAAGAUGUGAAGAAACUGAGAGAGCAUUACAGGAAAACCCAGCAUUUCAAAUACGACAUAAUUUCAGUGCUACCAACUGACAUUUUCAUGCUGAAAGUAGGGAUCAACAUUCCAGAGCUGAGGUUCAACCGCCUCUUCAAAAUUUCAAGGCUGUUUGAGUUCUUUGAUCGCACAGAGACCAGAACUAAUUACCCCAACAUUUUCAGAAUCAGCAAUCUUGUGCUUUACAUUCUCAUCAUUAUCCAUUGGAACGCUUGCAUUUUCUUUGCCAUCUCCAAGGUCAUUGGCUUUGGUACAGAUACCUGGGUAUAUCCCAACAUCAGUCACCCCGAGUAUGGGCGGCUGUCCAGGAAAUACAUUUACUGCCUGUACUGGUCCACGCUUACCCUAACCACCAUAGGAGAAACACCGCCCCCUGUCAGAGAUGUGGAGUACCUCUUUGUAGUGUGUGACUUUCUCAUUGGCGUGUUGAUUUUCGCAACCAUCGUUGGUAAUGUUGGUGCCAUGAUCUCCAAUAUGAAUGCCUCCCGUGCAGAGUUCCAGGCCAAGAUUGACUCCAUCAAGCAGUACAUGCAAUUCCGGAAGGUCACCAAGGACCUAGAGGCCAGGGUGAUCAAAUGGUUUGACUACCUGUGGACUAAUAAAAAGACUUGUGAUGAGAAGGAAGUGCUGAAGAACCUGCCAGACAAGCUGAAGGCUGAGAUUGCCAUCAACGUGCACCUUGACACACUGAAGAAGGUGCGCAUCUUCCAGGACUGCGAGGCCGGGCUGCUCAUCGAACUGGUGCUGAGACUGCAGCCGCAGGUUUUCAGCCCUGGGGACUACAUCUGUAAGAAGGGUGACAUAGGCAGAGAGAUGUACAUCAUCAAGGAAGGCAAGCUGGCUGUGGUUGCCGACGAUGGUGUCACACAGUUUGUGGUGCUAAGCGAUGGUGCCUACUUCGGUGAGAUCAGCAUUCUGGGGAUCAAGGGAAGUAAGGCGGGGAACCGAAGAACUGCCAACAUCCGGAGCUUGGGCUACUCUGACCUCUUUGCCCUUUCCAAGGACGACCUGAUGGAGGUACUCACCGAAUACCCAGAGGCCAAAAAGGCCCUGGAGGAAAAAGGGAAGGCCAUCCUAAUGAAAGACAACCUAAUCGACGAGGCUGUAGCCAACACCGGGGCAGACCCCAAGGACCUGGAGGAGAAGAUCAUCCGGCUGGAGACCAACCUGGAUGUCAUGCAGACCAAACUGGCCAAACUCAUGGCUGAGUACACAGCCAGCCAGACCAAGAUUAAGCAGAGAAUCUCCAACAUGGAGUCCAGGGUCAAAACUCUCAGGGAGGAGGAUCUCUCAGAGGUUGUUGAAGACAAGAAGACUAAGUAAUUUCAUGUACAGUGUUACUAUACAUCUCCAACACAGCAGCAGUGUUGCAAGAGUUUCAUCCCUACUGCCAUAGCUGCACUUACCACAUUAAUUUUGUACCCAUCAAAUCUCUGCUACUAAUUGCGUGUAUAUGUUUAUGUGUGCCGUUUUAUGUAUUUAUGUUUAACAUGUUAGAGGCCUGUAAUGUACUUUAUUUGUAUUGUAACAGACUGUGAAGACAAAUAUCCUAAUAAAUAGAUAACCUUUAUUGUCAUAUCUAUCUAUCUAUCUAUCUAUCUAUCUAUCUAUCUAUCUAUCUAUAUUUUAUNAUACAGAUGUUUUUUUGUAAAACAUUUUGCAUAAAUCUCAUAAGGUAGUCUGGGACAUAAAAAAAUUGUUUAUAAAGAUAAAUUUGUGUAACAUGUCAUUUUGGUUUAAAAAUGGAUCUUUUUACCUGUCAGGUUUAAAUGUUUCAUGUAUAAAUAUACAGCCUCCGUUGUGUGCAGGAUGGUACAGCUGUCAUGGAAGACCUGGUUACUGAACAUCUUUGUCUGCACAGUAGAUGAUACUAAAGGAACCGUUCACAUCAACUCAGAAUAUGCUAUUCCUAGCAGCAAGCAGGAACACCGGAGGGGCUUGGAUACCCUGGCAGAUCCAGGGGUCCCUGCACUUUACACGAGCCCCCAAUGGAUAUUUCUGGGUCUCCCCCACUCAGCAAAUUCUACCUGCUGGUUCAUCCAUGUUUCUUCAGAUUGAAAUUCCCGGCUACGCCCCAGGCAGCAACGUCACGAGACACACUGACAGGGACAAUUGGCAUCUCUGCAUGGAAUAAAACCCCAUAGUUUGCAUAGUUAAUCUCAAGCCACAUUAAUUGUACAGGCAGAUUGGAGGGCAAUCACAAUUUGCAGGCUUUAACAUCGUCCCCCAGCACAAAUAACCCUUUGCUGGACAGGAACAGACUCUCUCAGCGGGCCGAGUGACAUUGGGCUAACAAUCAUGCACGUGUUGGCAGUGAUGAGGCGUGCUAAUUAUAGGCUGAGCAGAUUACUCUGAGACAGUUUGAACAGUGACUCUAUCUGCAUUUAUUAAAAUGUGUCAAAUGUACUUUAAUUCAUGCAUUUAGCAUCUGAAAAUCUUUCAGAUUUCAAUAAAAUCUGAUAAUACUAAAACACACAGGUUCAACUUUUAAUUGAAUAUUCCAUGAAUGUAUUUAGCAUUAGAAUUUAUUAUUAUUGUGAGCUAAACAGUUUUGUAAGUAUGUAAUGUCUAAUAUUGUGAUGGAAACCGUGUACCCUGGGUAGAUAUUUCUACCUCUCUUUCCUGUGGUAAUAUUUUAUCAGCAGUUCCCAUAGUAAACCAUUCUGCUAGACUGAAAUGUUCUGCAGUGGUACAUGGUGUCCAUUUGUAAACCUGUAUUCAUUUUCCAUUGGCGGACUGAUCAAGGCUGAACUGUGUUUAUGUCACCAGCAGCUCCAAUCACCUCCCUGACAACAGACAAUGAGGCCUGGGCUGCAUUUGACUGUGUUAUUAGCAACCGCCGGUUCUCCAGGGGAAUGGGGACCAAACACACAGCAGAACAGUUCUCUGUAUCCAAAAUAGGUUUUUACACUUUCUGCUUGGUCAGUAAGCCAAGUUGCACUUGAUGGUGAGUGACUAGAGGCAAUAUGACAGAAAGAACGAGGGCUACUGACUCAGAACAGUCACAAAAGAUCAUCUCCUUCAACUGGAGGGAGGAGAGUGUGUUGAAGAAACAGCUAAGCUCUCUGGAGGCCAUGAAGAGGCAGGUGGAGACCUCCUUCAACCUGGACCAAAGGCUUCUUUACCAUCGCUUUCAGGGUAGGCUGCAGAGAGCUGCGCUGACCCACACGUGCCUGGGCAUGCAGAGGGAGACCAGCCA